GAUUCUGAGUGCCACUGGCUGUCCAAUAUAAAUAUCGACUCCCCCUCCAUACCAUCCCACCCCACAACGCUUUCCUCCUCCACCUCCGGUAAUUUGCCUCUCCCUUCCACCGGCUUCAGCCUCCGUCUUGUUAAGCUCCUCUUCGCCAACUUUCCUCUAUUUAUCUCUCCCAUGGCUACCGUCGAGGUGGAAACAGCUCCGGCCGUCGAGGCUCCGGCCAUCGAGGCUCCAGCAGAAGCCCCGGCCGCCCCCCCAGAACCCGAACCAGCUCCCGCAGAACCCAAACCAGCUCCCGCACCAACUGCUGAACCGGUAGCCGAGUCUGAGCCCGCCGCCCCUGCCAUCGAAGAGUCCAAGGAAGAAGCCCCAGCCGCAGCACAAGAGGAGGCGGUCCCAGAACCACCAGCAGCAGAGCCCGAGGAGAAGCCUGUCGAAGAGCCUGCAGUCAAGGUGCCGGCCGAGGCCGAACCAGUGGCUGAGGAGCCGAAAGAAGAACCAAAGCCAGAGGCUGCAGAACCGGAGGCCCCUGCUCCUGAAGCCCAGAAGCCUGCCGAACCAGUCGUCGAGGAGCCGACCGUGGAGGAGCCCAAGGCUGUUGAGGAGGCGCCGCCACCAGCAGUGGAGGAGGAGGUGAAGGCCGAGGUGGCGGAGGAGAAGACCGCGGUCUCGGAGUGAAUGAGAUGAGGCUAUGGCUUGUGUGUUUUGUUUGAUCAGAUGGAGGUUUAGUUUAAGGUUUUAGAUUUUAUUAUAUCUAAAAAUAUUCGUUACUUUUAAAUAAUUAAAAACUAGCUAUUAGAUGGUAUUAGAGCUACGAGGUGGAGGCUAUGAUCCAAUUUAUGGGUGUGUUUCACUUAUAAGUGGAUCGGAGUUGGUAAUGUGCGUUUGGUGUCAGUGGUCCGCUGGGUUUAUUUUGUAGUCUUUGUUCGUAUAUGUUUUUGGUGAUCGAGUGCCCUGUUUAGGCUGUGGGCUUUCUGUUGUAUUUAUCAAUUAAGAUUGUCUUAAGAUUUUCUUGAUCUAUAAUGGUGAUAUACAUACGGUUGCACUAAUCGUAUUCC